AUGUCCUGGUCAGCCAGCAAGGACCCGACCGACGACUACCUGGAGGGCAUGAUGGGAGAGGCGCCCGGCCCCAUCAACUUCACCAUGUUCCUCACGCUAUUUGGAGAGCGGCUGCAGGGCACCGACCCCGAGGAAGUCAUCAAGAACGCCUUCGGCUGCUUCGACGAGGACAACGCCGGCGUCAUCUCGGAGGACCGGCUGCGCGAGCUGCUAACCAGCAUGGGUGACCGCUUCACCGACGACGACGUGGACGAGAUGUACAAGGAGGCGCCGAUCAAGGGCGGCAUGUUCGACUACGUCGAGUUCACGCGCAUCCUGAAGCACGGCGCCAAGGACAAGGACGAGCAGUAGCGGCUCCAGCCCUUCCAGCGGCCCGGCCUCUUGCGCGCCUUGAUCCCGGCCGGAAGACAUUCUACUUCACA